AUGCAUCCUUCAUCAAGCAUCCUCUUCGUCUCGGCCGUUAUUUUCGGUACCAUUUCACUCGUUACAGCUACACCAAUGCCUUGCAACGACGCAACAAGAGAUCUCGUCCUCAGAGGAACUUUAGAUCCAAGCGCUUGUUGUAGCUAUGGUGUGUGUAUCAGGGAUGUAAACGUCCAAGGUGGUUAA